UCACCUGAAUGAAGAAAUGGAGGACUAGUUUUUAUCAAAGCGAGACAGAGAAGGAGAGUUAAAGUGAAAGCGAAGAAGAAGAGAAAACAAGCUCCGGGUGCUAAGUCCACGCGACGACUGUCAACGUUUGACAUCAAUAGUUUCGUUCAUUUUUUCCCUCCGCCGUUGUCUGUUUUUUGUCGGACUUUCAAACACUUCUCAAAGUUUUUGUUUUGACGCAAAGACAGGUUGGUGCAGACUGUAGUCGUGUCAGUUUGGUGUCCCAGUUUGGAGGCAGGCUGUCCCGGGACGGACGCACACAUCUGUAAUAACAGAUACCGUCAAAGCCGACACAGAUACAAGCCCCGGGGGAGGAGGACUGAGCGUGUCACCAUGCCUGUGCGCCAAAAAGAUGCACAGCGAGCCCUGGAGCUUCUCCAGCAGUACCGGACCAAACUUGACCAGAGACAGCAGCACCAGAGGCGGACCAAACAGGGCCCUGUGGAGGAAGACUCCCAGCUGCAGCAGUCUCUGGACAGAGUCAUCAAUGUCUUCCAGAGUCAGCUCUUUAGUGCUCUGCUUGACAUUCAGGAGUACUACGAGUUGACCAUCCUUGCUGAUAGCAAGAGUUCGGUGGACCAGACACAUGUUCCACAGAGCCCCCCUGCCUCCUACAACCUGCCAGUAGAGCUCUCAGCCCAGCAGCAGCCCCACUCUGUUCCCCUGAGCCCACAGGCUUCUGGAGGGUCACCCCAGCCAAAACCCCUGACCCCUAGACCCAAGUCAGUCAAGUCCCAUGCUGCUCCACUCCCAUCUGGGACUCCUGCAGCAAAGCCAUCUUCCCCUACAUCACAGCCCAUUGCACCUGACUUACAGCCAGCAAAGGUCAAGUACCGUGCUCCUCUGCCUCCCGUCGAUCCUGGAGCCUCCAAAUUACUGGCAUCGGAGACUUCUUUGCCCGCCUCUCCCUCUUCUCCCAUAUCCCCCGCAGUCACACUGAAUGGUGUAGAAACCCCCACUGGCUCCAUAAAAACACCUCCUGGAGCUUCACUGAAUGGAGCAAAGCCACGCCUUACUGCAACCAACUCCAAUAUUUCUUCAGGAAGCUCCACCACUUCUGCUAAUCCACACAGCGACUCUCCAGAUCUCAACCUGGUGACUGUCUCAGCCCUCGUCUCCAGCACCAUCCAAGGCUUAGUGUCUCCAACCACUCCGAGCAAACUUACCCCCACCAGCACCACUCCUAUCACCAGCCCCGGAUUCAACAGAGUCACAGAUGCUAGUCCGGUCUCUACGGCUCUUGAGACCAACAGGGACCCAGGCUUGGGCAAAGUGACUCCCAGCAUGAGUCCAACCAGCCCCAACCAGGGAAAAUUUACCUUCAGCAGCCGCAGCCCCACAGGUCCUCCAGGGCCUUUGACUAAAGGGCCAGGUCUGAGUCCAACCAGCCCCGGGCCACCGAAAGUCACCUCCACUAGCCCUAUCUAUGGUCCAGCCAGCCCCAGGCCUGUGACAAGUCCACUGACCCCCAACAAGGUAGAAUCACCUGAGGUUCCCUUUGAUGACGAGGCGUGGCCUCACCAAGAGGGAGAGAGGCUGAAUGAAGUCCCAGCCCCGCCUUUCUCCUCCCUCUAUUCACACAGUCACUCCUACUACCAGGCCAACCCCCCUCCAGUGGUGGUCAACACCGACAGCGUCGACACCCCCCCAUAUGUCAAUGGAACAGAAGCAGACUAUGAGUAUGAGGAAAUCACGCUGGAGCGGGGUAACUCAGGUCUGGGGUUCAGUAUCGCAGGAGGGACUGAUAACCCUCACAUUGGAGAAGACCCUUCUAUCUUCAUCACCAAGAUUAUACCUGGAGGGGCCGCAGCCCAGAAUGGACGACUCAGGGUGAAUGACUGUAUAGUCCGUGUAAAUGAGACAGACGUCAGGGACGUGACCCACAGCGGGGCUGUGGAGGCGCUAAAGGAGGCAGGAGGUUUGGUGCGACUAUGUAUACGACGCAGGAGGAGCCUCACCGAGAGAAUCAUGGAUAUCAAGCUGGUCAAAGGGCCCAAAGGUUUAGGAUUCAGUAUAGCAGGUGGAGUCGGAAACCAACAUGUCCCAGGCGACAACAGUAUCUACGUGACUAAGAUCAUCGAGGGAGGGGCUGCACACAAAGACGGACGGCUACAGAUAGGGGACAAACUUGUGGCUGUAAACGCCUCCUGUUUGGAGGAGGUGACUCAUGAGGAGGCAGUGGCUGCCCUGAAGUCCACUCCUGACGUCGUUUACCUCCGCGUGGCCAAACACACCUCCCUUUUUAUCAAUGACAACUUCCCUCCCCCCGACGUCACUAAUUCGUACUCCCCACAUCAAGACAACCAUAUAAGCCCCUACAUGAGCGGCAGCCAGUCUGUAAGCCCCGCCCCUCUGACCACACCCAGAUACUCACCUCUGCCCAGGGCCAUGACUGGAGACGAUGACAUCCCCAGAGAACCCAGGCGGGUGGUGCUCCAGCGAGGGUCAACAGGUCUUGGUUUUAACAUUGUUGGAGGGGAGGAUGGAGAGGGAAUCUUCAUCUCCUUCAUUCUUGCCGGAGGUCCGGCUGAUCUCUGUGGAGAGCUACGAAAGGGAGACCGCAUCCUGUCGGUGAACGGUGUGGAUCUGUCCAGUGCAACACAUGAGCAGGCAGCAGCAGCUCUGAAGAACGCAGGACAGACCGUUACCAUAGUAGCGCAGUACAGACCUGAGGAGUACAGUCGUUUCGAGGCGAAGAUCCAUGACCUGAGGGAACAGAUGAUGACCAGCAGUGUCAGCUCCAGCUCCACGUCGCUCCGCUCCACACAGAAACGCACACUUUACGUCAGAGCGUUGUUCGACUACGAUGGAAGUGCAUCAGAUCUGAGCGCGCCCAAUCAGGCCCUGCCAUUUCAUUUCGGGGAUGUCCUGCAUGUUAGCAGCGCCGGCGAAGAGGAAUGGUGGCCCGCCCGUCACCUCAGCCCCCCGCCUCCAAACUGCCCUGAAGUCGGAGUCAUCCCCAGCCGUAGGAGGGCAGAGAAGAAGGAGAGGUCGAGGUUAAAGACGGUCAGAGUGACAAGGUCUCAGGACAGAUCGGAUCAGGAUGAUAAAGAGCUGGUAACCUCUGGCACCAGCGAUAGUGAGAGUAGUUCCUCUGGCCAAGAGGAGACCCUCCUCACCUACCAACCUGUCAUGCAGCAGGAAGUUAAUUACACGCGGCCAGUCAUUGUGCUUGGACCAAUGAAAGAUCGGGUCAAUGAUGACCUCAUCUCAGAGUUCCCUGACAAGUUUGGCUCCUGUGUCCCACACACAACACGGCCGCGGCGAGACUACGAGGUAGACGGCAGAGAUUACCACUUCAUGUCCUCCAGAGAACUCAUGGAGCGAGAGAUUCAGGAACAUAAGUUCAUAGAGGCUGGACAGUACAACAACCACCUGUAUGGAACCAGCAUACAGUCUGUCAAAGAAGUCGCUGACAAGGGUAAACACUGUAUACUGGAUGUAUCAGGGAAUGCGAUAAAGCGUCUCCAGUUGGCAGGCCUCCAUCCCAUCGCUAUCUUCAUUAGACCACGCAACGUUGACAACAUCCUAGAGAUGAACAAGCGUUUCACUGAGGAGCAGGCGAGGAAGACCUUCGACAGAGCUGUCAAACUGGAGCAGGAGUUCACAGAGUUCUUUACCGCUAUCGUCCAAGGCUCGUCUCUAGAGGAAGUGUACUCGCAGGUGAAGCAGAUCAUUGAGGAGCAGUCUGGUCCUUACAUCUGGGUGCCCACCAAAGAGCGACUCUGAAUAAACAUACUACAUGAUCACACACAUCACUCCUUCAACACUUCCUACAUCUCUAAUUUUCUAUUAUCAGCCUGCUUCCUCUUUCUCUUGUACACACAUUACCACACACACACACACACACACUCACACACGCACACACACACAUUUACACAAGCACAUAAAGUCGGACGAGGCUGGGACUAUCUGGGACUGCGACUUCCUGAAGUGGGAGGGGCUAAUGUCUGUCCAGCAGCCUAUUGGUGGAUCUUCCUACAGCUCAGUUCCUUAAUGUUUAAGGAGGUGGUUCAAAUCAAGGCGACACGUACCAUUAUCUGAUUUGAUUUCAUUAUUGUUCUUCUUAUUGUUGUUGUCGUUGUUGUUUUCAUAUUAACGAAGGGUAAUGCAUUCAUGUAUGGGUUUGUAAUGAUAGUAUUGUCACCAAGAGGCAGACUUUUGCACGCUGUAGCUUUAAGAGCAUGUUUUUGGGACAAAAUCUUGAUCUCCCUCCCGGUCUGUCUGUCUGUCUGUCUUUCCUCACGGCAUUGCUCCCGUUUAGUCUUUUUCUAUCUUUCUCUCAUAUCUCAUCCUUUCCUCCUCCUUUCCCAUUUAGACUACAGACUAUAGGUAUGAGGUGAAAACUUAACGUGCCCCAGCAUUUUGGUAUCAAGGGCCAAAAUUAAACAAUUACUGUUGAGAGACGUAGCACCAAAAUAGUCAUAUGUAAGACGGGAAUUCUAUGAUUGAGACUCUUGUUGAUAUUAUUUGUAACAAGCAGAAAUUCUCAAUCAGAACUCAAGUAGAAAUCUAAAUUAGAUAGCUUUAAAAUAAAUAAAGUACAAAGCCUCAUAAAGUUUUUGAGUCCAUUUGGAGCCCUGAGCCUGUAUUUCUCAAAUUUCUGAAAAUAAUGCUAGGUUCUUUGCAAAAGGUAAAGUUUAAGACAUCAUUAUCAAGCGUCUCACUCUUAUUUACAGCAAAGCAAAGAGCAGCUAUCAAGUGAUCAUAUGAUUAAAUAGACAUAUGCUCAAAGUCUUAACAGCCAAUCAGAGAUAAGGAUUUGCCGAACAGCUUCCCUAUUCAUUGUUUUUAAAAAAUACUUGCAUUUCAGUCAUUGGUAUGUUAUUCUCCAGGAACUUGUCAUUUUAAUUAUGAAAAGGUUAUUUUUAUUUGUGUGAAAUCCUCAAUAUAUCCAGGUGAAAUGAACAGCAAUCAAUUAAGGGAUGAGAAUCAAGAACUGGUUCCAAUUAAGGACCAGUUCCAACUUGUCUGAUCCAUCAGAAUCGUAAGCCUUUGAGCUUAUUAAUUCAGUGCCGGCAUGUUUUUCAUCAAUCUUGUGUCUGCGUUGCUGGAAACAUGCAACAAAGAGGAGUCAUGGCGGAGAGAGAGAAACAGUCCAAAAUGUGGCUUCAUUUCACAAAGACAGACGACAACAGUGCUGCUAUAAUUUCUGUAGUUUAUUAUUAUUAUUUCAAGGAAAUAAAGGGUGGAAACACCUGCAGCAUGCUGAAACAUCUGUCUACAUAACAUGGGAUUAAAUUCCAGAAAUGCAAUGUAUUUGAGACUCUACACACAAGUGCCACUGGUUCCCAACCAAGAAACACGUCUGUUACUGAGUGUAAUCAAUAAAAAAUCAGCAGAAUUGAUAAUGGUGUUGCUAUUAAUAGAAUUGUAUCAAUUCCCAUCCCUAAAUCAGUACAUUUAGAAUGUAUGAAUAUUCAAAUAUGGAUUAAAUAACUGGCUAAAAUGUAAACAAAAGGAAAACCAAACAGGAGCAGGAAAGACAUUUUGCUGUUGGUACACCAGAGAUAACAAGUGUAAUUUAGUGCCACGUUGACAAGUACAGAUAAUGAGGAUGCAUGGAAGGUAACUGCAAACAAAAUCAGUGACAGGUUUAUCUUUGUUGUUUGCACCCUAAUAAACACAGAAACAAAGAGAAGAAAACAUGGCGUAGAAUUCUAUUACAUGUUUAAAUCCAAUGCAGAUAAUACAUGUAAAUUCCCCAGUUGAGGAGUAUUAUAUGUCAAAGGAAAUUGAUAAUAGUUUUCAUAACUGAAAAAAGUGAAGGUUUUCAAGUCUAAUAUUUUAUUUUAAGCUGUUUGAUAAAUACGGGCUCAGAUCCUCCGUUUAAAAAAAAAAAAAUCUAUUACGCAAGUCUUUGUCCAACAUGGGCUUCUCUGCCUCCUCUCCCCCUCUUCUUCCUCUUCGUCCUCUCUGUCUCAUGCCUUCAUCUCUCUCCUCCUCUCGUUCUCCACAUUCACAGUGUGACAUUAGUCGAGCACUCCGGCAUCGAACAGUGUAUCAUCUUCUUCAUCAACACUAUCAUCGCAAUCAUAAUCAUCAGCAUCAUCGUUAUAGCUUUCCUUCUUACUGUAGUUGCACUAAUGAGGGCUGGUUUCUUAAAAGCAUCUUAGCGUGACAGAAUGGAUCCCAGUGUUUCGGGUAUUUGGAUGUGUGAUAUACUUACUUUUCUUUAAGCUGUCAGUGAUUAUUAUACUGGUUUCAGAGAGGUCCGGGAACUCUUUAUGGUCAUAUGCGGUAUGUCAUGCUACUGUUGCAUAGGUAAAGACAUCAGGUGAACUCCUCUGGUAAAUGCUAUUGUAAAGACUAACUAAUCAACAACAUUAGCUCUUUUUCUUACAGUUUUUUUUUUUGUCAUGCUGGAUUUACAAGUUUGAGCCUUUAGUCCCAGUGUGCAUGAAUAACACCUGAAACUGCUCCAUUUGUGACCUUAGUGCUCCGGACGCCACUCCAUAGAUACAGGCACAUGGUGGACAAUCAAAGCGUUAUAUUUUUACCUGUUAUCCAGCAGUGGGUGUGUUGUAAAUGAUGAUGCAGGUGUCUACAGUCUGCCCAGAGAAAUCCAAUUUACUAUUCUUUAUUUCUUUAUUUUGGAGGCACCAUUUCUGGCUUUAUAGGCAACACAGCAUGCAACUUUACAGUGCUGUCUCUUGCUUUGCACAUCUGUUGACUGAGGUGAACAGAAGUCACAGAAUAUUUUAAGCUUUACUUGAACAGAACAUAAAAGAGAGAAAACAAAUCCCAUCGUAUUGUGUGAAGGAAAGCACAGGCCUGGGUUAAAACCUAGCUUGAAAAUGACUUUUAUUCUCUUUUUCAGCACUGCAGCUGUUUUGUUGUCCUGUUCUUCUUUAUCAGGCCAAUUUACAUGUGCUUAACUGUUUUAGUAGCCUGAAUAUUACUGUGUGUUUUUUCAAGUGGGCCCCUGUUUAGUUUGUACCAUGCAUGAGCACAAGGGCAGCAUUAUUCACAUUUUGCCACACUGUGCUAUGGCACUGAUUGUCUGUGGGAAAAAAAACAUUUAAAGGUCGAGCGUGUAGGAUUUAUGGGCAUCUAAAGGCUGAGGUUGCAGAUUGCAACCAACUGUAACCAGUGUCCCAAGCAUGUAGGAGAACAAGGUGGCCGAUGCAAACAAUGCGAACCUAUCUAGAGCCAGUGGUUUGUCCAUUCUGGACUACUGUAGAAACAUGACGGUGCAACAUGAGCGGAUUUCAUGGACAAGGACCUGCUCCUUAUGGCUCAUUAGUUAGUUCAAGCUAAUUAAAAGGUAUUUUCAGGUGAUUAUACACUUUUCUGCCACUGUAUUCCCCUAAAUCCUACACACUGGACCUUUAAAUGUUGGUUUAGCUGUGGGCAAACAUUUUAACUUUAUGGGCAGAUAGCUAAAAUAUGUUGCAUCACAAAAAUACCAUUGAAAUCUCAACUGUCAGCUGGAUAGCAGGUAAAAAAUAACAAUUUGGCUUUCCCCUUAAAGCAACUAUAUUCAAUAUUUUUAUAACAAUGUAUGAAAUGACAAUGUGAAAACAAUGUGACAAUGUGAACAGAGAAUUAUCAGCCAAAUCUACAGCUCACCUCGGCUUUACAGAGCUUUAUACCAAGUUUUCAGUUCAUUGCUUAGCUGGUUUACUCUCAGCACUAACAGUGUUGGUUUUGGCUGCAGCAGGCAGCUGUUUUCAGUUUAAAAAGUUAUAAAAUCCCACUGUACGCUGCCUGCUCAGCCUGCUCAGAAAUAGUGAGCGACUAACUGGUAAAUAUAGUGGAGCAUUUAGCAGCUAAAGAGCCAGAUGUUUUGUUCAGGUGUUGGUGGAGACCAAGAACAGAGCUAGAAGAGUGAAGUCACAAAUAGGGCUUACCUGAAACAUGACCUCUGGUGUCGAGUGUGACAUUUGAAAUAUCGAGAUGCUUUUGGUAACACAGCCCCUGUAUGGACCUUGUCAGCCACCCACUUCCCAUCUCCAUCCUCAACCCCCGAGGCGAAUCCUCCAAGCUGACUGGAGACCAGAGACACACAGAAAGACCGUUCUGUCAACAGAGUAGCUCUUAGAUCCAAAUAAUAAAUAGUUUUGACCAUACGUGUUUUGAAAGCUUUAAUAUUUCCUCACAGAAUGUCCAGCUAAAUUAUUUCUUUCCAUCUAUAAUCCUCUAUGAAUCCUGUAAACCAGUGUUGUUGUCAGUUAACAGAACCGGACUCUCUGUGUGACUCUGGCUGUGUGUUUUAGCCAGGGGACCAUGCCACUGUCUGUUAGAGUAAAGCACCGAUGCAAAGAAUCUAUUACAGAGAUGGAUCUACAGUAUAUCUAACAUAUUAUAAUAUUUAUCCCUGCUCUAACUGCCUAUUUUGGUACAAAAAAAAUAAAAGUCUUUAUUGAGAUUUACUGAAAUCCCUCGACCGAUGACCACAGAUGAUGAUUAUUUUUGCAUUGUGGAAUGUGUA